AUGGGUCAACGGCAACAACCUCGCCACGGCAACCGGCCGGUGGAUGAUGAAUGGCCUCAGCUGAAUGGAGGCUGUGACAUCACACAGAGGGCGGGGCUACAGCGGACAGCGCUUUCUCCGGUGUGUUUGCAGGUGGUGGUGUCUACGACCGUGAACGUGGACGGCCAUGUUCUCGCCGUCUCUGACAACAUGUUUGUACACAACAACUCUAAACAUGGCCGCCGAGCCCGGAGACUGGACCCGUCUGAAGCAGCCACUCCGUGUAUUAAAGCCAUCAGUCCCAGUGAGGGCUGGACGACGGGCGGAGCCACCGUCAUCCUGAUCGGAGACAACUUCUUCGACGGCCUUCAGGUCGUCUUCGGCACUAUGUUGGUCUGGAGCGAGCUGAUCACCCCUCAUGCUAUCCGGGUGCAGACCCCUCCCCGUCACAUCCCCGGGGUCGUCGAGGUAACGCUGUCCUACAAGUCCAAACAGUUCUGUAAAGGAGCACCUGGACGCUUCGUCUACACAGCGUUAAACGAGCCCACCAUAGAUUACGGCUUCCAGAGGUUACAGAAGGUCAUCCCUCGUCACCCCGGAGACCCCGAGAGACUGCCCAAGGAGGUGCUGUUGAAGAGGGCAGCUGACCUGGUGGAGGCGCUCUAUGGGAUGCCUCACAACAACCAGGAGAUCAUCCUGAAGCGAGCAGCUGACAUCGCUGAAGCUCUCUACAGCGUUCCCAGGAACCACAACCAGAUCCCGUCGCUAGGCAACAGCGCCUCCCACGGCAUGAUGGGAGUGAACUCGUUCAGCGGACAGCUCGCCGUCAACGUCUCCGACACAACGCAAGUCGGUUACAGUCGCAACACCAGCAGCGUGUCGCCGCGGGGAUACGUACCGAGCUCCACCCCCCAACAGAGUAACUACGGCAACACCGUCAGCAACAGCAUGAACGGCUACGGCAACACCGGCAUGCCAAACCUAGGAGUGGCCACUUCCCCCGGUUUCCUCAACGGGUCCACCGCCAACUCUCCCUACGGCAGUAAGUAUCAAGUUGUCCCCUCCAGUCCCACCAUGGUGUCAAACUGUAACUCCUCUCACGGAGUUUUCUCCUUCUCGGCCGCCGUCAAACAGAAGAGCGCCUUCGCUCCCGUCGUCAGACCUCCUCCUUCACCUCCUCCUCCUCCUCCCAACUGCUCCGGCAACAACUCCAACGGGCUGCAAGCGAUGUCCGGCCUCGUCGUCCCUCCGAUGUAAAACGUCUUCCUCCUCUCUCCUCGUCUCGCUCCUCCCCCUCAGCCACGAGCACCAAUCACCUCAGAGGAGGCGGGGCCUCAGGCAGCAGCUGACCAGUCAGGACAAAGUAUUUGUUCUGUCCGUCACAGAUGGAAAAAGAAACUGUUAUCUCUGACGGGACGGAGCCCAACAUUAAAAGGACUUUUUCUCCGGGUGCUUUCAGCUCUCUGUAAUUAUUUGGAUGUUAUACUGUCUGCGUGGGGGGGGAGGUGGAGUCUGUUGGUGUAAUGUCUGUGAUGUCACACCUCUGAUGUGACAUCAUGUCCUCGACUUGUGAUGUGAUUCUGGGGAACUGAUCCAAAGAUUGUGGACGUUAACGGGCCCAAAUUACAGAACAUUUAAAUCCUCCUUCGUGGUCGCAGCUGAUGAAGAGGAGAAGUCUUCUAAUAGUUCCAGUGAAUGCAGCACGAAGACGUCAGUGAAGAGAUGGACUGAAAGAAAGAAUGAUGAAACGUGUCGUUCUCUCCUUACUAGCCCCGCCCCUUGUUCCUUUAGCCCCGCCCCUCCCCCUUUAGCCCCGCCCCUGCCUGUCUGUGUUCUUUAUUUAUUUUCAUCUUGUUUUCUUUUUAUGCUUGCACUGUAAAAACCAAUCCUGCAUCCUGAUAGGCUACUGUCACUAUCUGUCUUCUUGUUCAGAGUCGUCUUUUUGAUUCUAGCUCCUCCUCCUCCUCCCAAGCCCCGCCCCGAGCACUUAAGCCACGCCCCCGUCUCCAAGCCCCGCCCCGAGCACUUAAGCCCCGCCCCCGUGUUUUCUCUGUGGGUUUUGUGAUUUUUGCCAAAGUCGUAGCUGGCUGAAUAUUUAUACGUCACUGUGGUUGAUCACGCCGCCCCGCCCGCCGCCCGUCACUGAGCUCACCGAGGGAACCUCUUUUUGUACCAUACAGAUUAUAAAUAUGUAUUUAUGUAUUUAUAUAUCUGCGAUUGUUUUUGUAUAAAUGGAUGUUGAGUCACGUCGUCUUCAUGGGGUUUAAACGUGUGUGUGUGUGUAUGUGGUGUGCCACACUGAGAAACAAACCAUUGUUUUGUAUCAAGAAAAGAAAAGUGAAUGUUAACGUCGUCACACACUUAUAGCGCUGUCAAUCAAAGCUGACGGUCCAAUCAGCUCCACUCGUUCUGUUGUUUCUAAUGUGAAUCUUCUUUUAAUGACUGUUGGCUGUCCUGAAGUGAAUAAAGUCGGCAGAUCGCUCUGA